AUGAAAUGGAAAACGCAAACUAGUUUAAAUACUAGAAGAUUGAGAAAACUCUUUUACGUGUUCAAAGAAUUAAGUCUGAUACUAGAUCUACCCGACAUAAGAAGUAAAAAAUCGAAUGAACCUUCAGUUAAUAAUGAAUCCACAACCCCUGAGUUAACUCCAAUUGAGGAUAUUGACGGUUGUGAUCUCCAGUCUCAAGUUCCAAUUAAUAUUUUUCGUACACAUUCACAAAGGAGAUCGAAGCAAGUUAAGUCAAAUAGGAAAUGCCUUGUACCAAUUAUUGAUUGUAUAAUAUUGUGUGGACGUCAAGAACUAGCACUUCGUGGACAUAAUGAUUCUGGAAGCUUAUAUGAUUAUGAUAAUAUAAAUCAAGGCAAUUUUAGAGCUAUUUUGAAAUACCGUGGUGAUGGUGAUGAAUAUUUAAAAAGUAUUUUGAAAAAAGAAGGAAGAAAUAAAUUCAUUUGUCCCCAAAUUCAGAAUGAAAUAAUUUCAGUGUGUGGUGAUGUAAUUUUGAAAAAGAUUGUGAAUCAAGUUAAUGACUCAAAAUGUUUUACUGUGCUGGCUGAUGAAACCACUGAUAUAUCAGUGGUUCAACAGUUAGCCCUCUGUGCUAGAUAUGUUGACAAAAAUAAAAAUGUGAAUGAAGAUUUUUUUAAAUUUAUUCCUGUUCAAAGUUUGACAGGGAAAAAUUUAGCAAAUUCUAUUUUGAAUGGAUUAAUGAGUUGUGGGGUUGACUGCAACUAUUUAUAUAGACAAGGUUACAAUGGUGCAAGUAAUAUGGCAGGCCACAUACAAGGCGUUCAAGCCCAAGUGAGAGCAAAAUAUCCCAAAGCAUUAUACAUACAUUGUGCAGCUCAUUCAUUAAACUUCGCCGUCUCAACAGCUAGUAACAUUAAACCUAUAAGGAACUGUUUGGGAAUUAUAGAAAAUUUGUAUGUUUUUUUCAAUACACCCAAAUGUAAUAAUGUUCUGCUGUCUUGUAUUGAAAAUAGUGAGACUGAUGUAAAAGUGAAAACUCUUAAACGUCUUUGUGCCACAAGAUGGGUACAAAGAUAUGAUGCGGUUCACGAUUUCGUUGAGCUAUUUGAGUUUGUCUUAGAAGCAUAAGAGACUAUUUCAGAUUGAAAUGAUUCAUCAGGCUCCACUACAGAUGCAAAUUUACUAUUAAAAGCUAUGGAUUCUGAGUUUAUAAUAUCAGUCUAUAUUGUUAAGCUGUUGUUUUCAUUUGGUCUUCCUUUAUGUAAGCAGCUACAAAAAGAAAAAAUUGAUUUAAAGGGACCAGUCGACCUAACAAAAGAUAUUGUUUCAGAAUUGAAAUGCAUGAGAAGUGAAUGUGAUAAUGCGCCAAACUUCCCACUGUUAAAACCUACAUACAAAAUGUUUCUAUAAUAUUUUAUUCCAUAUUUAUUAUGUAUAUCUAUACAUAUCUAUACAUUUUUGUAAAUAAUUUCAAAUAUUGUCGAAUGUUAAAUUGCAAAAAAAAAAAAAAUGUAAUCAAUAAGUUAUGUGACUGUCGGGAAAACUUUAUAAUCAAAAAAAUUAAAAAAAACCCCCAUCGUUAUUAAUUUUGUGCUCAAAGCAAACAUCCUACAGCACCGCUAUCUAUCUAUCAGCGUUGUUUGCACUUUUGAUGCACGUUCGUUUAGAACCACUAUUUACCUACUUUUGUCGCUAGUUGGCGCCAAUGUAUGGGUUAUUUUGUUUUCAGAUCAAGCCCAAACAAUUUAAUAAUAAUAUUAUGUGUUGUGUGAAUUAUUUUACUACGAACAACUGAAUACCCAAUUGAUGUGAUCACUAGUUUUGCAUCUGCGAAAUGUACGUAGACAUGACGGGUUAAUCACUAUAAGGUUAAUUUGACAAUAUCACUUGUGUAUAAAAUGAAUUACUGCAAUUAUAGGUACUUUGGAUAUUUUAUUACAAAUUAUACACAUUUAUGGCACUCAAAUGUUUGAAAAUAUUGUGAUUAAUACAAUAUUUAAUUUAAUCUACAUUCUGCAUACACAGUUUCGUUUUCCGACGGGACUGAACUUUAUUGUUUUGUUAUAUAAACAAGUCGGGAAAGCAACAAUUUUAAAUAAUGUGGUACCUCUAGUAUUAAUUUGAAUCAAAAGUAAAAAAUUCCCAAUAGUUUUCAUAAGCGUCAGGAAAAACAAAAUAAAAUUGAAGAAAAACUGAGAUUUUUACUCGAAACCAGUUUUUGAAAAUGUCGAUUUUGUUUUUUAUUCUAACACUAGCAGGGUAUAGGUAAACCGUAAAUGCAUAACAUUUUCAAAAAAUGUUUACAGUAGUAAUCUCUAUGUACCA